AUCGUCACGCGUACAUAAGAUAUUUGCCAUAGAUACUAAAGAAAAUAAAUUAUCGCGUUUUAUAAUAAUCGGUGCGUUUAAUAAUCAGUACAACAACAUAAUAGCUCUGUACUUUGCAGUUGAUUGAACAAAAAUUGUAUUUGUAUAAUUUUCUACAAAAAACGUUAGGUGAUAAAUUCGAAAUAUUGUCAAGAGAUCAUCAACAGAAGCUUGUCUCGUGUUUAAAGGUUGGGACGAUAUCGAGAGAGUCAAUCAGUACAAACUGGGACACUCUUAGAGAGGCUUAAAAAUGAGCGAAAAUAGCGAUAAGAUCCCUCAGGAAGAAGAAAUUGCGCAAAAGGAACCGAAACCUCUGCGCUAUCCUCCGUAUCCAGGAUAUUCGUACCACGAACCUGGAAGGCCUGUUUCGAAGUAUUCGGCUCGUUAUGCUCAUCAAAGUUUAGAAAAUACUAACAUGAGAACUAACGAAUCUGACGACAAUCCAUCAAAUAGUUCGUCUGCUGAUUCUGGUUCGCCAAAUAAAGAAGCUCCUCCUCGUGUAGAUGAUAAAGAGACCGCAACAGAACUAGAUAUCAUGGAAAACGAUUUUAAAAACGACACAUUAAGCGGAAGUAGUCCAGUCAGCCCGAAAGACGAACAACCCAAGAAUCUCGCUGAACAGGAUGAUAUUUCCAAUCAAAACAUUGAUCAAGAUAGUAUGGAUACAUAUGAGAUAGAAAGCUCGAUAAACAAAUAUAAUAACGACAGAGAUCAAAACACAGAAAAGAAGGAUACUCAGGAGUUCGAAGUUGAGAAAACCAUGCCCUGGUUGCGAAUGAUUCCCGAGGACAAGAAUCUCUCGAGGCAGAUGUUCCUUUACUUGACCCACACGGAACUGAAAUCUAAGAUCGAGGACAUCCAGAAGAAAGAGACGCAGGCGUGCAACAAGCACUGUUGGGACGAGGCUCUACGGUUGAGGGACAUGAAGAACAGGCUGGAACUAAUUCGCGAAAAGAGGAUGUAUCAUACGGAGAACAUCGAUUUGGACGAAGAAUCGAGAAGGUGUGGAUUCGACAACAUCGAUAAGAGGGAAGCGGAACUUCUUCAACGAGAAAAAGUCUGUACGGAUUCAACAAUGUACAGUGACGAUGCAAAAGCCAUGUGGAAGAAAUGGGUGGACGAAGAUGAACAAUCUACUAUCAAGGACGCUUUAAUGCGAAGGGAAGAUUUGAUGAACAGAUUGGAAGAAAAAUGGCAGCGCCUAGCAAUUCAUGAGAAAGAAAAGAUCGCACAUUCGUACCACAUUGUAAUGAAUGAUUCUACUCUGCUAGAGCUGCCUAAACUAGCUGCAACCGUUAACGGCUAGAAUGAAACGGUUCCCAGUUUGUUGAGUUAGACCAUAAAUAGUAUUUACUCGUAGUUCAUGAUUUUCUGCCCACAGUGUCAGAUACUGUUGGAUGUAUUUGAAGAAAAUUUAGAGAAUAUUUUAAUUAUAAUAAACUAUAGAUAAAAAAAUAAAAAUACAAAAAAAUAAGACAAAAAGGAAAGAGAUAUGUUUAACAGUUUAUAACUGUUGAAAGUAUUACAUAUAGUGAAAAUGUUCCUAAUAAUUUCGUGCAUUUUUUAAUAUAUUAAAUGAUUGUUUGCAAAAUUAGACGCUAUAGAACCAUUACUUACUUGUAAAAGUUACAAAUGUAAUUAAUGGGUUUUUAUUUCCAUUUUAGCAUUGUAGUCACUGUGUUGGCAAUAUCACGUUAUUGUUUUUACCUAUUACACUUUACAGUCAAUUCCAACUAUUUUUUCACAGAUGUAAAUAACGAUAUUUUACUAAUGAGAUUACUGAAUGUUAUAUUAGUGCCUUGGAAAAAAUGUUCACGAAUACAGGAUAUUAAAUAAGUAAUGCAGAUUCUAAAAAAAAACAUAGGUGACUAAUAGAAACUUACACUACUUGAAUCUAAAAUACGUCGAAAUAUAUCAGUGGUUAACAUUCCUAAUACUAAAAUUGUAUAAAAACGAAAUAUUAGGUUCUACUGACCUUGCCAGUCAAGAAAUCAUUACUCGCUUAAUAUUCAGUAUUUUAUGAAGUCGAAAUGCAACAUUUGCAUUGAUAUGAAAGAUUUUAUUGUCGUAUUGCUGAAAAUGCGAACGUUUAGUAUUUAUUUUGCAAGUCUAUAUGUAAAUAUAUGUAUAAUAUGUAAUAUGGAUGGAAAUAAAAUAUGGAUUAAAAAAUA